CCAUAUACCAUGAAUCGAGAUUAUGAAUGAAGCAGCACAAGAGGCGCAUAAUUAUACCAACACAUCUCGAAAGACAAGAAUUUCAAAAGCAUGUCAAACAUGUUCGAUCAGAAGGAGAAAAUGUGAUGGUGAUCAACCCAAAUGUUCAAUCUGUCAAAGGCUUGGGGUUGAAUGCGUUUACGUCAACACAGGAAAGAGACGAGGUAGACCAUCAACUUCUACAACUGAUGAAAAUCGUCAAAAAGGAGCAUUUGCAGAAGGUCCAAUGAGCACGAAAAGAAGGAUCGAUUAUACAUUGGAUAAUAGUGAUGGUGCAAGUAUUGAUCAUUCAGCGCAGGCGAUCUAUCAAACGCCAUCCUCUUCGAAAGCAACGCCAAUCAGCUCGGGAAAUGAUGUCUUGGAACACUUGACCGCUCUUCUCAUCAGCUGGGAAGCAACAGAUCGAAGAGAAAGCAAUACGAUCCCACUCAAGCUGUUAUCGCCUUCUAAGGUACGCUUUCAUUUUGACAUCUUUUGGAGACACGUCCAUACUCAUUGGCAAAUAUUGUACAAGCCUGCAUUUACUGCCAUUCCAGAGACACGAUUGGCAGAUGAAGUGGAACAACCAUUGUUGGAGGCAAUCGUCUGUCUGACAGCAAGUAUGGCCAUUCAUACAGAACGUGAUCGUUCAACGGUCGAAGCAAUCUGUCAAACAGCUACUGUGGAUCUCUUGACAAAGUUGUUGACCCCUGAUUUAAGCGUCGUUCAAGCUCUCUUUCUGCAUUCGCUUCGCUUUUAUGGCAUUGGAGAUCUGAAAAAAGCUUCUUUGUUCACCAGCUGUGCAUGGCAGCUAUGUGUUGAUCUGGGAAUGCACAUCGAUGAUCGUUCUGGUCAUAGGGAUCCCGGCAAACAUCAGGCCAGACUGCGAGCAUUGUGGACAUGUUACUGUCUGGACAAAGUCUUGGCAGCAGAGAUGGAACGUGUACCUGCUUUUCGAAGUGACGGUGUGACGGCUGAGUUGCUGUCAGAGUAUGAACCGGAUGAAUUCGAGAUUGUGUAUCAGAAUUCUGAUUUGAUACCGGAAUUUCAUGGUGCACCUAUGGUCAGUCUUGGGCGACUUCAUGCCGCCUCUUCGCUCAAUCUCACAGUACGCUUGUACAGAAUCCUUGAACAAGCUCUUUUGAGUCCAGUGCAUUUGCAUCCCGAUAAGACUGUAUCAGAACAAGAUCUGCUAUCUUCCUGGACACGCACUCUUGCUUUGGAUCGAGAAUUGGACGCAUUGGCAGGAUCAUGGCCGGAUCAGUUUAGACUGCAUACGCGUAAUGAACUUGCUGUUCCUGGAGUUGCCUGUUUGGUUGUAUGGUUCCACUUGAUCAAAGUGAUCAACUAUCGACCUUAUGUACUUUUGCAAGAUCGCCUGUUUCGCACGCCUAUUCGCAACGCAGAUAUGGCACCUAGCGCUCAAAUUGCUGCAAUGUGCUGCUUAACUUCUGCAUCGGCAAUCGUUCAACUGUUCAAUGCGAUCCCGCGAACAUCAUUAAGAUAUAUUGCAGCAAACAACGCAUUCUCCAUCUUUACAGCUGCAUCUAUUCUGAUGCCUUACAGUACGCACGAAUCACUCUCCAUUGCGAAAGAAUGCCAUCAAAGCGUUCAUAAGUGCUUGGCAUGGCUUGAUGAUUUGGGAGAAACAUGGCCGAUCGCUCGAAAACAUCGAAUGGCACUGGAUGAUAUGGCUCAACUCUUGCAAAUUUCACUGGAUGAUGAUUUGGAAAUGAGCACCACGAUCGCCGCAAAUCCGAAUAUGGAUGGGAACGCUGUUCGACAACAAGAAACAGGUCCAGAAUACAUUCCUGCAGGAGGAUCUGAUUCGCAUGAGAGUCAGACUUUAGGCUUAUCAUCUUUACACAGUAAGGCUACAUCUCCGUUGGGAUUCCGAGGACAACUUGCACUUCGUCCUUUCAGCGAAAGUGUUGGGGAGAAUGUAGCAUCGGUUGAACAAUCCGCAAGCAGCUCUAGCUAUGUGACCGAUUCAGAUGCAGGAAGAAGACAUGGACGCAAUGAAAGCUCUACAUCCAUGGCAGAAUCACAGCCUGACCUUUUGAAUUUUUUGCAUGCAGAUUCGGAUGCGACAUCCUUGUUGGAUGAACUUUGCUUGGAUCCUAGCAUUCAAGCGCUUGUACGACAAUCUCUCUCGCGUGAUACUUCUUUAUGGGAAUCGACAGCUUUCAAGGCGAUCUAGAGUGGGUUUCAAAAUCGUGAUUUUCUCACUCAACAAUGUUCGAUGUGUAUUAUAAGAAAUUCCAAGCAAUGUACAACGAUGUAAGAUGUAUAAAUACAAGUUCCGUGUAAUCAAAAGCAUAGCACUCUGUUAAUUGU